CUUGUUUGGAUUCAACUUCAGUGAAUAUUCAUGUGUCAAUGUACAGUUGACCAAUUAUAUUUCUUGCGAUUACGACCAGGAGUUCACUUUGCAACUGUGAAAAGUGGGUGCAAGUAACGGUGCACACUGGAUUUGUCGCUGGGCUGACCAUUAAACGCACUCUGAUUGGUCAGAACUGGCAUAAAUUUGAUAGUCGCUUUGACAGAAACGGAUUCACUUGGGCAACGCGUCCUCCUGUCAGUGUUGCAACUGCUUGCUCAUAAAGUCCUUGAUUUUGGUUCCCUGGAGGUUGGUCUUUUCUGUGUAAUUCAAAGGAUCUGAAAAGGGUUGAGAAAGGAAAAGUUUGGGACAGUUUCAAAGACAAGAAGGACAGGCAUCGACGACUGCAUCAAUCAGCAGCGUUCACACCCAAACACCAAUAACCAAUUCUCCAAUAUACCCCUUGUUGCAUCACCACUCGCAGGUAGACCCCACGAAUGGGAUUUAUCGAAAAGACCCUAUCUCAGAGCACCAUGGCCAGCGACCGUGCCACUUUGGGGAGAGAAACAAACCCUACAGCCGCUGACAUUGAGGCCUGCCGGCCGCUAUUAUCCCGAACCUCGACACUCCAAGGAUCAGCCACAAGCGACGAGGCACAGGCAUUUGUAUCAGACAAGACACGACGACGGAUGGGAUUCUGGUCAAGUUGGUCCUUCCAGGUUGACGCCAGGGUCGUCUCAGAUGCGAUCUUGGGGUUAUCAGAUGGACUCACAGUACCCUUUGCACUUACAGCUGGCCUGACAGCAUUGGGCGACACCAGAGUUGUGAUCCUGGGAGGACUGGCAGAACUGAUUGCUGGUGCCAUCUCCAUGGGCUUGGGAGGAUAUGUUGGUGCCAAGAGCGAAGUUGAUUCGUAUGAAGCAACAGACCGUAAAUGCAGCAAAAUGAUUCUGAAUGAGGCUGAACAAGCUCGAGACGUGGUCCAGGAAUACUUUGGCCAGUUUGGGCUUUCCCCAGAGGAAACGAAGAGGGUGGCAGACCACAUCAAAGAGUCAACGCCCAUGUUCAAGGAAUUUUUGUUACAGAAUCACUUCCAGACCACAAAGCCCGACACCAGUCGGCCCUACCUGUCGGCGAUCACAUUGGGACUUGCAUAUUUCAUCGGAGGAUUCAUCCCUCUGAUCCCUUAUUUCUUGGUACCCAGAGACCAGGUUCUGGCCGGUCUGUGGUGGAGCAUUGGAUUGAUGGGGGUCAUUUUGUUGUUUUUCGGCUAUGUCAAGACCGGCGUGGUUCGGGGUUGGACAGGAAGGGAAAACCUUCAAGCUUGCACAGGAGGAGCAUUCCAGAUGUUGGUGGUUGGGGUAUUUGCAGCUGGAGCGGCGGUUUUGCUGGUUCGGCUCAUCAACCAAGGUUGAGCGAUGGUCUACUACUGUCGAGGCUACAUAGUCAGAGUUCUGAGCGAGUCAGCAAGCGUGUGAAAUUUUUGCAGGGGUUCAAGGGAACACAGCCGAGCCAACAAAACACCUCUCGAAGAUUUCUGCAUGAUAUCUCUGCAUGUGAUUCAAAAGCGUAGACUUGAGAACCGACAGACGACAAGUGUGAAACUUUGCCGCCCGAUGGUUCUGGAGGGAAAUUUUAAGUGAUGGAGCAAAGAGGUAGUCUGGGACGUGCACACAACCAACCCCGAUAGCUUCCUCUAGGUCGGCUCGGCUAAUAGGUUGGGACGAUGGGAACUGGGAUUCAUUCUGCUGUGCUGGUGCUGGUGCUGGUGCUUGUGCUUGUGCUUGUGCUUACUAGCUUUUUCCUCCCUCUUGAGCAUUAGUGUCGAAUCGACUGCAGUGGACAGGGUUUUUUCACACUGCAAGAACAGUAAGAAAACUUUGCGGGCGGAGGAUACCCGUGAAGGGAAAUGCCGCCCGUAGAGAGAGGAUUACACUGACCAGUUGACCAGGGCUGGCGGAAAAUACCCAAGAACCAGGGUGCCAGGUGAACCGGGGAAACCAGGUGUUCACGGUGCUCAUAGUGCUCUGGUUCAGGCACCGAGGGGAAGGUUCCUGGGUUCUGGAAAUCUGACUUGACAGCCGAAGGGUGUGUGGGAGGCCCCGAAGGUGACAGGGUAGUGACUCUUGAGAGGUGGUUCCAGUGGCGGGACAGUUGCAAUUGUGCGUAACUUUUAGGGUUGGUGAGUGGUUGAAGUCAAGUCGCAGUCGCAGUCGCAGUCACAGUCACGGGGCACAGUGUUUUUGACACGGAUGAGACUCGGGGACUUUCUUG